AUGAUAACCAAAUUCCUCACCAACGUCUCCACGACCUUCAACCCCUUCUCUCCGCGCGCGAAGACCGCCCGCAACUUCCUCGCGCUCCUGCCACCCAAUGCGCGGUCGACGAUGAAGGUCGACGUCAAGAUGCUGCCGCGGACAAGCAAAGAGCCUAUAAGGCUGAGUUUGAAGUUUAAAGACGGCAAGGAAAUGGACCUCGACCUGCAGAAGCUGAAGAUUGGGGACGUGGAAGAGGAGGUGAAUCGGCAUUCAAGAGGGCUGGCUAGGCAGGAAGAGCUGUCAGGGAAUUGA